AUUUAGAUGUCCAAGUGCAAGGGUGUCCCAAGAAGAGACCAUUACUAGUUUAGAUCAGAUGGAGCGGUUUUUAGCAGCAGGCAAUAUCGAUGAGCUGAAUGACUUGAUCAGAAAAGAUGGGCUCAUCCUCGAGAAGAUGGCUCUCGAAGGGGCUGGUCACACGCCGCUGCACGUCGCUUGUGUGGCCGGCCAUUUGGAUUUAGUCCGAGUGCUCCGGAAGUGGAGGCCAAAGUUUGCGGAAAAAGUGGACGCGGAUGGUUUCAGUCCGCUGCACAUCGCGGCAGCUCGAGGUGAUGUUGAGAUCGCGAGGGAGCUCUUGGAAGUGGGUCGACACCUGUGCUCUGUGGAGGGACUGGAGCAAAGAAUCCCUUUGUAUUAUGCCAUCGUAAAUGGUGAGCUUGAUGUCAUGAAGGAACUGCUCUCCGAUUUGCCUGAGUCCGUCGAAAAGACAACCGCCCGAAAGGAGACGGCGCUCCACCUCGCCGUGAAGAACAACCGGUUUGAAGCUGUCCGUGUGUUGGUGGAGCAUCUGAAGGAUUAUAACUGCGCACCUGUCAUCAAUCAGCAGGACAACGAAGGCAACACCGCCUUGCAUCUUGCUGUCGCCAUCCAAAAUUUCGAGGUGGUUGACUUCAUGCUUAGCCAGCGGCACGUGGUCGUGGACGUGAAUGUCUGUAACAAUAGUAGCAGGACGCCUCUAGAUUUCUCGCAAAGGGAAGCAGGAGAUAGAGAGAUCAGAGCAAUUCUGACAAAAGCUGGAGCCAGACAUGGAACAAGAAGAUCAGUCUCGCCCGCUUCACCACAAGUCUUGGAGGAAGAUCAAUCAGAUGGGGAUGCUCCUCUAUCAUUAUCACGUCCCCCAUUGAGAACCUUGAACAGAGAAAAAGAGUCGAGGGGCGACGUACGCAACUCCCUGCUGGUCGUCGCCGCGCUCAUUGCGAACGCAACCUACCAAACUGUGCUUCAGCCUCCACAAUUUACAACAGAAGUCAACAAUACUUCUACAAAAGGCUUCCUCGCAUCCUAUGCAUUUUGGAUGACUGGUUCUCUUGGCAGGGACUUGGCGUACAUCCUCUUCAUAAGCGGCAACACAUUCGGACUCUUGGUGUCAGUCCAGAUGAUCAUUUGCCUAACCAGAGAUCUCCCCGUCAAGCUGCCGAUGUUACUCUCCGUGACCGCAAUGGUUCAAACUUACUAUUGCUACACGUAUUACCUGCCGUUCAAGUCGCUGGGAAAAGAGUAUGGUCUGAAAAACGUGGAAUUGCUGUGCGUGCUGCCGCUAACGGCACCAAUUCUUCUUCUACUGAUACAGAGGCGGUUGGCGCUAGCUUUAAAUUUUUACUUGGAAGGGCUUUCUCGGCUUGACUUCCUAGGGGAUAUGUACCGUCUAAAGACCUAAUUAGUCGUUGUAAAUGAUGGUAUUUCUCUUUCCUUGAAGUUGAGCAAGAAAUGCAAGCCUCUAGCAGUGUCAGAUGGAGUUUGUUUGACAAGGUCAGAUAUUGAUUUGCUAUCCUUAAUUCUCUGCAGUUGAUUGGGUAAUGUCCACGAGUGAUUCACUGUAUGGUAUUUUCCUAAUAAAAUGUGUCCUUAGUUCAAA